AUGCAUGCGAAAAUCAAUCAAAUACAUAAUGAACUUCAAAUGAAACUCGAACAAGUCAAUAAAAAAAUUGAAGAAAAAAAAGAUUAUUGGAAAAUAGACUUAAAAAGUCAAUUGGAACAAAAUGUUGGUUGUAUAUUAGCUGAACAAUUGCAAAGAUAUGAAAUAGAUGGAUCACAAAUUGAAAAAGCUCGUCUUGAAUAUUGUCGUUUACAAACACUUUUUAAUUCGUUGAAUAAUCAACAAUUGAUUAACAUAAAUUAUAAUGUUGAAAAUCAAAUGAAUUUAAAUCCACCUCUAAUUAGUUGUUCAAAUUUUAUUUUGAAUGAAUUAAAUUUAAUAGAAAAUUCUCAAACUAAUAGCGAUUGGUUAAAUUCACAAAACAAUUUAUUAUUUAAUGACUCAACUUUUAUUAUGAAUUCUGCUAUUGAAAUCAAUGAAGAUUCAAGUCAUAUGGUUCUAUCGCCAGAGACUAAUACGAUCACAACAACCAAUAGCACGAAACCAAAUACAAUGACAGAAACGUUGACACAACUAUUCAUAACACUUGAUAUGUCGUACAAUCAAAUCGGAGAAAGAGGAAUAAGUUAUUUAAGUAAUGCAUUACAACAAAACACAACUUUAAUUGAUCUCGAUGUUUCUCAUAAUCAAAUUGAAUUUUUAGGAAUGCGAUAUUUAAGUAAUGCAUUAAAAAUAAAUAAGACAUUAACUAUAUUAAAUCUUGAAUAUAAUCAAAUUGGAUCACAAGGAAUAAAAUAUUUAAGUGAAACAUUACAAAAUAAUAAUACAAUUACAAUAUUGAAACUCAAUUCAUGCCAUAUAGAAGAUGAUGGAGCACAAUAUCUUAGUGAAGCAUUAAAAAAUAACACAUCUAUUAAAAGACUCGAACUUGCUUCUAAUCAAAUAGGAGAAACAGGAAUAUUUUAUUUAAGUGAUGCAUUAAAAACUAACAACACACUUAUUGAUCUAAACCUUGCACGAAAUCAUGUUCCAGAUAAUGGAGUCAAAUAUUUAUGUGAUAUGUUACAACAUAAUAGAGUAAGAAAAAUUUCAUCAUAUACGAAUUUAUUCUUUCUUAAGAUACGGAUUAUUUAGCAAAUACUAAUUUUGUUAUAAGACAAGUUCUAGAAUCGAGUUGUCUUACAUCAUGACAUGGUAUGUUUCUAUUUUCAAGAAAUUUAAAUCAAAUAACUAUGAGAAAAAUUUAAUUUAAUGCUUUGAGAAGUUGUAAAUGUCAAAAAUUGAAUUUAAUAUAAAUUUUCAGGGAUUUAUUGAGCUACUUGAACAUUAGUUUUAAUGAUUGGGACUAUAAAAUAGUUGUUUUAAUAUCUCAUUGAAUUCUAAAAUAUAUUUAAAAUAAAACGCCAGUUAACUCAUUACUAUGCAACUGAAAAAAGCAUAUAUUUUCAUAAUACCAGACUAUGAUUUAUAUCCUUUUAAUUAAAUGUGUAAAAACCAAUUCCAUCUAUACAUCAUAAACUUUUCAUUUAAACGCUUACAGUAGUGUUCUUUAGCUUGAGAUGAAAAAUCUCGUAAUUAAGUUUUCUAUGAAUAUCUAGCUUCAAGACCGAAAACCUACUAAAAAACGGUCAUAACUCCGGCUUGAUAAAUCAUGGAGCUGGACCAUUUUAAAAUAUUCUUAGUCGUACUCAUAACCAAAAUAUGAGGCUGAAUAAUCUUCAUUAUUAAUUUUCUUUAUUGUAGACAUUAACUAUACUCAAUCUCUCUAAUAAUCAAAUUGGAAACAUCGGAGCACAAUAUAUAAAUGAUGUUUUACAAAUAAAUAAUGUAUGAUUGAAAAAUCUAUUUAUUUCUUUAUUUACUCUUGAAUACACAGACACUAAUAAAUCUUGAUGUUUCCUACAAUAAAAUAAAAAGUGCAGAUGUACAAUUUCUAAGCACUACAUUACGAUAAAAUAAGGUUAAAAAUAAUGUUUUGUUUUCUUUCGAUAACUUAAUUUGAAUGUUUUUAUUUUUGAUUGAUUUAGAUUCUAACUGUAUUGAAUCUUCAAUAUAAUUAAAUUGAGGAGCAAGAAAAAUAUUACAAGAAAACAGUAAUCAUAAGAUAAUAAAGAAUGACCGAAAGUAUAGAAUACAAUCAAAAUUUUUUUUAUUUCUUUAAUACAUAUUAUUUUUCUGUUGAUAUAUAAAUAAUUCGUUUAUUAUAGAUCCGUGUGAAUUUUCAUAUAGUUGGUUUUUUUAUCUUCCACUGUAUUCUAUGUAUAACAUUUACAUGUUUAUCUAUAUUGUUCUUUUCAUUUUAACUGUAAAAUAGUAAAUUAUUAUUUUCUUUCUUUAAAAUUCUUUUAUUUUUUUGAUAAAUAAACUACAGGGUUGGAAAAAAUAUUAUUCAAGGAGAGUUACGAUAUAAUUUCAAAUAGAAGAUACGAUGAAUUUUAUACCAAAUGAAAGAUCGUGAAAAAUGGGAUUUAUUGAUGCUAAAUAGUAGGGAUUAAGUAAACCUUUUAAUAUCGAACUUAAGAAACUUUCAGAAAUUUUAUACAUUUUUGUGGGUGGAAAAGAAGGUGCUAGUAAUUUAAAAAUGGAGUAAAAUGUUUUUCUUGGAUAUUUUUACAUGGUUCGAUAGAGCUCGUCGAGCUCUACAAAACUGUAUAUAUUAAAUUUUUUUAAAGUCAUUAUUUUGUAAUAAAAUAUUAAAAAAACUAUUUGGAAAAUCUUAAAAACCGUUAAAAAAAAACUGAUAUUUUCGGUACGGAAGAAAAACAUUCGAUUUUUCAAUAAAAUUAGCUUUUGUUGAUUAUUUUUACUCUCUCAGGUGUUUCGAAAUAUACUCAUUCGAUGCAGCGUGAAAAACUGCACCGAAUGAGUAUAUUUUCAAACAUCUUACGUAAGGAUACUAAUGGAAAACAACUGAAUUUAUUGUAAAAAAGACCAUUUUUCCCCUAUAAAAGGUGUAAAAAAUGCGGAUUUUUGGGUACCUUCUUUAGACAGUUUUCAGUAAAUUUCAACUCAAGAAUCCUAUUUAAAAAAAUUUUAAUAUAUACAAUUUUGUAGAGCUCGAUAAGCUCUAUCGAAUCAUGUAAAAAUAUCCAAGAAAAACAUUUUACUCCAUUUUUGAAUUAGUAGCACCUUCCUUUUCCACCCACAAAAAUGUAUAAAAUUUCUUAAGUUCGAUAUUAAAAGGUUUAC